GCCCUGUAAAAUUUGGAUGUCGGGUAUUCGGGUUUCAUGUGAAUUGUAUGGUAAUGUAUCUCAAGUGGCAGGACUGCAGAGAACUUCCCAGCCCUAAAAUUUCUUGAAAAUUUUGCAGCAAAUUCAGACCUAAUUUUCAUCAAUUCAAAUGGCUCUGAGAAUCCAUCUCUUACCGCCGAAGCUUUUCCAUCAACAUCCCUCAAAAUCUCAACACGCACACAUCCCCUCCACGUAUCAUCUCAACAAUGCACCCAAUCUUCGCAGAAUCUCGUGCACCAACGAGAACAAGAUGAGCGAUUCAGAGCUGGCCUUAGAUUUGGCCGCGGAGGUCACGAAGAUCAAAUCCAAAGCGGUGCAGAAACAGGAGGCUCUAAGGAAGAGCAAAGAGAUGCUGUUCACGGAGCUCUGCAAUUACAUGGGCUUGAAUUCGGAGGAGGCGAAGAACAAAUGGAAGAGAAGCAGUGAAGAGGAAAGGGGGGUGUUGAUCAAAGGGUUUGUUUCAGAUUGGGCUGCCAAUUUCCAUCCGUUAUCUGCUAGGUCUGUUAAGCAAUUGGUUGAUGAGUAUUUAGUGGAGAACCCUUCUUCUGGUUCAUCCCCUUCUAGAUUGUUCCCCAGUAUUAGAAAAUUGAUGGGGUUUUCUCAACAAGAGAAAGAAUAGAUUUUCUGUCAGGAAAACAAAAAAGAUUUCUCUUACCAGAAAGAUUACAUUAUGUGAUAGUUGUACGAAGACAGUUAAAGUUGAGUGUUUUUUCCUCAAUUUUUUUAUUUUCAUUUUAAUUAUGAU